AUGACAUACAACAGUCAAUCAAUUAGGGAAACUAUUAGUAGCCAGUUUGUUACUUCUAUUCGUUCUGGCGGUCAAACAGGCGUAGAUCGAGCAGCUCUCGAUGCAGCUCUGCAGUUUAAUAAUAUUAAAGUUACGGGCUGGUGCCCGCAGGGACGGUUAGCGGAAGAUGGCCAGAUUUUGCCAAAAUACCCAUUGAAGGAAACGAGCACCAAGGAAUACACCGAAAGAACUGAACUAAAUGUUCGGGACGCAGACGCCACUCUUGUGCUACUCUUUUCUACUUCCGAUCCAAACCAGGAUGGAACCGCAUUUACGCUUAGAAAGGCUGACCAAUUACGAAAACCGAAUAUUUGUAUUUUGAUUGAUGAGGAAACUAACGUCGACCGCGUUUGUAAUUGGGUAAGGGAAAAUAAAGUCAAGACACUCAAUAUAGCUGGUCCAAGAGAAAGCAGUUGUCCUGGAAUAUAUGCCAAAGCAUACAAGUUUAUAACGGAUUUUUUGGUUCACUUAAGUCUCUCCUAG